AUGAGUAAGAUUAGAAUUGAAGAUUCUGCUACUAACAAAGCUGAGUUAAAUGAGUUUGAACAACAUUAUUUCAAUUCCUACGAUAACUAUGGUAUCCACGAAGAAAUGCUGCAAGAUACUGUACGCACUUUAUCUUACAGAAAUGCAAUCAUUCAAAAUAAAGAUCUUUUCAAAGAUAAGAUUGUUUUAGAUGUUGGUUGUGGUACCGGUAUUCUUUCCAUGUUUGCAGCAAAACAUGGUGCAAAACAUGUUAUCGGUGUUGAUAUGUCUAGCAUCAUCGAAAUGGCAAAAGAGAUAGUCGAUUUAAACGGAUUUUCUGAUAAAAUUACUUUAUUACGUGGAAAAUUAGAGGAUGUAGAACUGCCAUUCCCAAAAGUUGAUAUUAUAAUUUCUGAAUGGAUGGGUUAUUUCCUUCUAUACGAAUCCAUGUUGGAUACUGUUUUAUAUGCUCGUGAUAAAUAUUUGGUUGAAGGUGGAUUAAUUUUUCCAGAUAAAUGCUCUAUCCAUUUAGCUGGUUUAGAAGACUCUGAUUAUAAACAUGAGAAACUAACUUAUUGGCAAGAUGUUUAUGGGUUUGAUUAUUCGCCAUUUAUUCCAUUAGUUAUGAGAGAGCCAAUUGUGGAUACUGUUGAGGGACAUCUAGUCAACACCACAAAGAAUAAAAUUAUUGAAUUCGACUUAAAUACUGUCAAAGUGUCAGAUCUUUCAUUCAAAACCUCAUUCAAAGUGGAAGCUAAAAGACAAGAUUGGAUUAAUGGGUUAAUCGCUUGGUUCGAUAUUGAAUUUCCACAUCCAAAAGGUAAAAAACCAAUAGGAUUUUCCACAAGUCCCUUUGCACCAUAUACUCACUGGAAACAAACUGUUUUUUAUUUAGAGGAUGAUUUAGAGGCUGAAGCUGGUGAUAUUCUCAAGGGUGAAUUAACAUGCCAACCAAACAAGACAAAUAAUAGAGAUUUGGAUAUAAAAAUUACCUAUGAGUUUGAGGCUCAUGGAACUGAUUCUAAAGAAAGAUCAAAGAAAAAUGAAAAUGUUUAUUUAAUGCAUUGA